CUACUGGUUGGAGGAGAGAGCCUCACCACCGGCCAUGGCGGCUGCCAGCCUCAGCCGAUCCGCGACAUUCCUGUCCGGGUGAGUCCAACCGCUUCGCUCCUCUCGCUAAACAACCCAAAAGCUUAAGCACAAGCACAGCACAGCUGCACAGGUGAAGGAGAGAGGAGGAGGAGAAAAAGUUCGGUGUUGUGUUGUGCUGUGCUGUGUGCUGCGCGAGCUUCUUUCUUCCCAUCUCCCUCCCUUCCUCUUCCUCGCCACCACCAAACCCUCCUCCGAUCCAAACCUUUCCCUCUCUCGCAUGCCGGCGCGCUCCCCGAGGUGGCGGCGCUGCUGACAGGAGGACACGGUUGGGAAGGGGGUGGGAACGCCGCCCCCCGACCAUGGGCGGCGUCACGUCCACCAUCGCCGCGCGCUUCGCCUUCUUCCCGCCCACGCCGCCGUCCUACACCGUCUCCGCCGACCCCGCCACGGGCCGCCUCCUCAUCCCCGAGAUCUCCCGCCCGCCCGCGCGCCGCCGGCGGAGGGACGGCGCCAGGGACGCCUCGGCGUCGGGCGCCGGCGCCGGCGCCGCCGCGCCCGCCGAGGACGAGGACGGCACGGAGGUGGUGCGCCUCCGCACGCGGCGCGGGAACGAGAUCGUCGGGGUGCACGUGCGCCACGAGCGGGCCUCCGCCACGCUGCUCUACUCCCACGGCAACGCCGCGGACCUCGGCCAGAUGUACGGCCUCUUCGUCGAGCUCAGCCGCCGCCUCCGCGUCAAUCUCUUCGGGUAUGAUUAUUCUGGAUAUGGGAGGUCUACAGGGAAGCCCACUGAGUGUAAUACAUAUGCAGACAUUGAAGCAGCAUAUAACUGCCUCAAGGAAAAAUAUGGUGUCUCAGAUGAGGAUAUAAUCUUGUAUGGUCAAUCUGUUGGUAGUGGUCCAACCAUUGAUCUUGCUUCACGAUUGCCAAAUCUGCGAGGUGUGGUUUUGCAUAGUCCCAUUCUGUCUGGGUUAAGAGUACUAUAUCCAGUCAAAAGGACAUAUUGGUUUGACAUUUACAAGAAUAUCGACAAAAUUGGCCUCGUAAAUUGCCCAGUGCUCGUCAUUCAUGGUACGUCAGAUGAUGUCGUUGACUGUUCCCACGGAAAGCAGCUGUGGGAACUUUGCAAGGUAAAAUAUUCACCAUUGUGGCUAACUGGUGGUGGUCACUGCAAUCUUGAGCUUUAUCCUGAUUAUAUCAAGCACUUGAAGAAGUUUGUGUCAAGCCUUGGCAAAAAAUCGUCAAAACCUGACCUGAAAGAGGUAACAGUGAAGGAGGGUACUUCUAGUAAAGAUGCUGAACCUGCAAGCUCUGACAAGCCCCAAGAAGCUCCAAAAUGCGCCCAGAUCUCGCGAAAGAGCUUAGAUAGUCGAGUUGGAAAAUCAAAAACUGUGGAUGUUCCUGAAAAGCCACGAAUGAGCUCAGAUGAUGUCGACAAGUUCAGGAGGAGAAGAUGUUUGGUAUGGUGAUAUAUGAUGCGAUCCUCUGCGUAGUUCAUGUAGCAGUAGCUGAAUACAAUAGCAUGAAAAUCGAGCAACUGUAUUACUUCGUAUAGCGAGGAACAUACCAGCAGUUCAAGCAGUUCUCACAGGGCAGGGAUAAGAACUGUUUAAUAAGGGAGAAGGAUCAGCGCUGCUGGAGCAAAUUAUCACCCAUCAAUGAACUGAAUCUCAACAAUGGUAACAUCAUCGGUAAAUUAACACGUAUGCCAUCAUCCUGUUUUGCAACACUAGUAGGAUUUCCAUCAUGUAAAAGUGUACCAUUAUUGUCUGUAAUCACGAGGGACAAAAACUGAAAAAAAUUGCUGCCGCUUUGUGCACAGUCUAAAGCCUCGACACAAGGGCAAGAUAUUCUAGCCUGUGU